AUGACACCUCCCGAAGAGGAUUAUCGGUUUACUGUCCGCAUACCCCAGCGCGAUGACGACGCAGAAGAGGCAUAUCAAGCAAAUUUGACCGCCUUCUUCCUUCGAGUAAAUGAUGUCAGACUCCAGGAACAUGCCCGUGUAGCAGCUGGUGGCUUGCUAAAGAAAGAACUACUUAACCUUUUUCCUACACCCGGCUCUGCAACCCCGAACCCUUCAAUGGUAUCAUCCAGAGGUAGAACAAUCAAGGAAUGGCGCGGAGGUCCAAAAUAUAACAAAGUCUCGACCAUUGGGAAGGGUGCUUUUGCAGUUGUGUACAAAAUCACAGCCAAAUUUGACGGAGUGCCGUAUGCUGCGAAGGAACUCGAGAAGAGACGUUUCAUGAAGAAUGGUGUCCUUGAUCAGAAGGUAGACAGGGAGAUGGAUAUUAUGAGAAAGAUCCAGCACUCAAAUGUUGUCCAAUACAUCGAACAUAUCGAUUGGCACGACUAUUUAUAUAUCAUCAUGGAAUACGUCCCUGGUGGUGAUCUCGGAAGCAUGAUCAAUGAGCAUGGAUCCUUGCCAGAACUCAACGUCAAGGCCAUGGCGAGUCAACUUCUCAGUGCCUUGAAAUAUUUGCAUACAAUCGGCAUCACACAUCGGGAUGUCAAGCCUGACAAUAUUUUGAUCUAUAGUCGGGAGCCAUUCCAUGUCAAAUUGACCGACUUCGGACUUUCAAAGAUGAUUGAUAGCGAGGAGACGUUCUUGCGUACAUUCUGCGGUACUCUACUCUAUUGUGCACCGGAAGUAUACUCCGAAUAUCGAGAAUACGACCAUACAGGAAAGAGAAAUCUUCGAGGCCUUGACAAGAGAUCACUUCCUCCGCAACGAUACGGCCAUGCUGUCGAUAUUUGGUCCCUUGCUGGUGUUCUUUUCUAUGCUCUCUGCGGCAGUCCUCCAUACCCCGUUAAGAAUGGUACAAGUUAUCAAGAGCUCUUGAAUCAGAUCAUGACACAACCUCUUGAUAUUCGACCACUUCAACGAGAAGGUAUCUCCGACAACGGUAUCCGCUUCGUUCGAGGAAUGCUGCAUACUCGACCAGAGUACCGUACAACAAUUGAAGAUUUGGAAGAUAGCUCAUGGCUUCGUGGUGGUCAAAGUUUCGAAAUGUCAAUGGACGAGGAUGAAGUUGAUAUGAUUGAUGGUGGGUAUAACAACUCCCAACUAGAGGAAGGCACGUCACAAUUGAGCAUCAACCCGGCAGAACGACAAGUCAAUGACAGUCAAGAAUCGCGUGAUGACGAAAGCGAGCUCACCGAGCUUCAGCAACCUGAAAUUCCAAGCAGCUUCAACUCAAGCGACGACUUUUCAACUGGAGGAGAAAGCUUCGCUUUCAUGCAAGAUCACGCCAAUCCUACCAACGGCCGUUUGUUCGGAGAGGUCGACGUAUCUGCUUUAGGAAGCUCUGGCGCGAUUCCAUUGGACCGAUUGAACCUUCCUAAUCCAAGCCGCGAGCACAUCGGCUUUUCGCAAGAGUCAAGAUUUUCGCAAAGCGCGCCCGAGAACGCGUUUCCAAAGGUCGCAACUGAUCCUCGACGAUACGACCCAAAUCUCAAUCCUGCAAAGAUGCCGACAGACAUGCCGCCUCCACCUCCGCCUCCGCCACACGCGCUACCAGCGAAUCAACCGCGUUCUGAAGACGAUGAUCGAGCCACUAGAUCAUCGAGUCUCUUUGGCGCGGAGUCUAUGGUUGGCCAUUUGAACAUGCAUUCUCCAGCCUCGGCCGCUUCACCUGCUGCUGAUAGCCCCAUAGCCUCCACCGAACCCAAAGAUGUCAGAGACCCUGCAGUCAGCCUUCGAAGACCCCGAGAAGAGGAUUACGAUGACGACGCGACCUGGCGACCAGCUGACCUGCCUGCAAAGCGACAACGCAGAUCAUCGCGAGAGAUUGAGCUUCAGGUACCGCCAAGCACAUUCUGGGACCCCAAGGACAAGUCAACACAUCAUCAGAACUACCCGCGGAUGUCCACCACCGAUUUCCACGCCUAUCAGCAGUAUGCACUUAGCAAGGGCGAAAAGUUCGUGCCAGGUCAAAAGACUUUCGAGACGACCAUGCAAAGUUUCCGAAGCAGUAGAAGCCCAUCAGUCGAGCCGGAUGCUACUACCAGAGCCUAUUCAGAACCAACCAAGGAGGAAGGACGACGAAUGUUGAUGAAGCGUGAUGAACGGCAAUUGGCAGAAGAAAUUAGCAGGGCUACAGAACCCAUCGCCAAGGGUGGCCCGGUCCGAGAAGAGUAUCUUCCGGUCACUAUGCGCUCACUGGGAGCUCCCGAAGCUCCAUUGGCAACAAAGAUAAUUCCCGGAGCUGUCUACCCCUCUGUUGGCAAUGACUUCCAACCACCGAAGCGUAUCAUCGCCAAGCUGUCCUCAACUCGUGACAGUGUGCUUCCUACCAUCAACCUAAACAUCACCGAAUCUGUUACCAGCUGGGGACGGGCAGCUAAAGCCACCGUUCACUAUCCACAGCCCAAAGAGACCAAAAUUCCUAAAUUCGCCUUCAAGAUCAUUCUUUUCAAGCCUGGCUUCUAUACUGACCUAAUAGGAGGACAUUCUCAGGAAUGGACCGAAGCCGAUCAAGAUAUGAAGCUCUACAUCUCGACAAAGGCGUCGCAAGGCAUAUGGGUUAACGGCAUACACAUUCCCAGUCACGAUGUAAAGGAUGCAAAUGGUGUAUCCGAUCCCAAUGCUGUAUCGAAGUUCUGGACUGAGCUGAAGCAUGGUGAUGAGAUCACAAUCUGGCACAGCGACAAGACGCCCUACAAGGAAGAGCAAAACAAUCGGCUCAGACUCGAGUGCUACUGGGGUCAAUCGAAGCAACCUAGACGUGGCGAAGCUGUUGAGUUCGUCGAUGAAGGCGACUUCUUAGAUGAACUAGAACAGGCUUGCUCGUCACAGGAACGACGAAUUCUCAAGGAGAAGGAGGAGCGCCACGCUGAAGAGAAGAAGAUUGCGAAGCACGACAAGGAAAACGAGAAGCAGGCACGUCAAGGUGGCUCUCGACAAGUUGACAUGAAUCAAUCCUUCAGCGACACGCCGUCUUUCUCUGCAUGA